ACACUGCCGGCGGUGUAGCGGCAAGGGCCAACUCGCGGAGCCGAGUUGCCUGUUUUCAAGUUCUGUUGUGUUAGAAAUGAGGGGAGCAUGAUUCCCAAAAGAUAGAUCACCGAAAAGUCACUCCUCGUACUGGCAUCACCUGCUCGAGACGCUGUCCGGUCAAGUGAUAUUCAUUCGGUCAUGGGCGACGAGGACAGAACGUUGUGGGUCGGGAACCUCUCGGAGAAUGUUGAUGAGGAUCUCCUUUAUGAGCUCUUCCUUCAGGCCGGCCCCCUCCAAACUGUCACUGUUAAGAAGCCCGCCAACGGCCAAAACCCAUUCGGUUUCGUGACCUAUCAGCACGAAGAAUCCGUGGCUUAUGCGAUCGUAUUAUUCGAGGGUACUACGCUUUUCGGUAGAGUCCUCAACAUGAGAGAAAGGUCCGCAAACCCCGACGGCAAAUAUAAACGUCUCAUGGCCGAUUACUUGCGUGAUCGAGAACGUUCCCACCGGGAAGACCGUAGGGUCUCACAUCCUCCGAGAGACUUCGAUAGACCUCGCUACCACGACUCACCGAGACCGGACAACUUCAGCCGGCAGCCCUACGACUUCGAUGCGCGUCAGGAUCGCGAUUAUCGAGGCCAAGAUCGUUACGACGAUCGGAAACGCCAUAAACGCUUCAGGAACUAGUAGUUAAGGAAGAAUUGAGACGACAAUCGAUCCGGUCAGAUAAGCUUCGCCAUCGAAGGAGGCAAUUGUAUGCUCGAGGUAGUCCUUGUUUUCUUUGAUGAUUUCUUUAAUGCCUAUCUGACUCUUAGAAACUGCAUCGAUUGCGUGACCAUCGAUUCUCCUCGGGUUUUUAGCUCAUGCAGCAUGCAUAUUCUCCCAAACUAGCAGCAAUGAGUCAAGGAGGAGAUGCGGCGUUUCAAAGGGAGCUGAACUCCCUGUCAGCGUCUGUUUGUAUAUACGCAUUUUUGCGCAUAAAUCUCGAUAUUUUGUACCGAGACUCGGCCAAAGUGUAUAAUCGUAUUCAUUAAGUACAUAUGCUCGUCAACAUGGAAUAAAUCUUUAAUGAUGAA